GGAGGGGACGGGGAGGACAUUGAGGACAUCAAGGGACACGGAGGGAACAGGGACAGGUCCUGCUGGGCCCCCCCCGAUGCUGAGGUGUGUCCCCUGUCCCAUGUCCCAUGUCCCACCCCACAGGGGGGUUACAAGGGGGCCGAGCCCGAGGUGUCCCUCACCGCCUUCGUCCUCGUGGCGCUGGAGGAGGCCCGGGAGAUCUGCAAGGACCACGUGAACAACCUGGACUGGAGCAUCAACAAGGCCGCCGAGUUCCUGGGCCGGCGCUACGAGCAGCUGGCCCGGCCCUACACGGUGGCCCUGAGCUCCUACGCGCUGGCCCUGGCCGGCAAGCUCAAGAGCGAGAAGGUCCUCAUGAAGUUCUCCAAAGGUGGGCAGAGCUGGGAGGAGCGGAACGCCCGGACCUACAACAUCGAGGGCACGUCCUACGCGCUGCUGGCCCUGCUGCACAUGAAGAAGCCGGAGCUGGCGGGGCCCGUGGUGCGCUGGCUCGCCCAGCAGAACUACUUCGGGGGCGGCUACGGCUCCACCCAGGUGGGCUACGGACCCCCCCGGCACCCGGGGGCGGUUCUGGGGUCCCUGGUGAAGCUCCGAGGUGGAGUCUCAGAAUUGGGGUCAGGAAGGGGGAUCUGGGGUCCCUGGUGAAGCUCUGAGGUGGAG